AUGUCGGUCGAUUCUGGGGCUGAAGACGAUGCACUUAGAUCAAUUCUAGACCCGCACACUCGAACUAAUUUCCGGGAGGAUUUUGGGGAGGAUUUUGCAGCUCAGGAUCAGGAGUUGUUGAAUCUGUACGUCGCUCCUUCUGACCAUGUCACUUGGGAAAUUCAAAGACUGGUGCAGACGGUUCCUCAAGUCGACAAACAGAAAGUACACAGGCUACUUCUAAAAUCACCGGAAAGAAUGAGGCGAACGUCGUAUCGGUUAAAGCGAAAUAUCUUGUUUGGACAAGUUACGGGAUAUAAGGAAGAACUUAGACAAGCAGAUAUAGACAACGCUAAAGCUGAAAACUCGAUGUCGGUGAAUAGAAAGUAUACCACGAAGUUGGAGGCGCUCAGAGGUCGUAGUUCGUAUUUGCCAUUUAAUCCCGGUGGGAUCAUUGGUGAUUUGAAGGAAGUAAAACCUAUAGUCAAGACGAAGCGCCUGCACCGAGACCAGUACGGUCUCUUAGAUCGUCCACCAGAUUUAUCUCGAGGGUUGAAGUUGGAUGAAAGUCAACAAAAUCAACAAAUAGAGUCUCUUGCCGAGUCGAUUGAUAGCUUGAAAAUGUUGAACGAAGUUAAUGACUUAGAUGACGAAGGAACCAAGCAAUCAUCUCAAGAACAGCCCUCAUCACAAGUAUUUCCAGUACCUUUUGUAGCAGCUGAGAUUGAAGGCAUUGUAGUUCCCGACUUUGUAGCAAUUAAUGCUGCUUCAAAAGCUAAGAGGAAACAAAAGUCCUGGGCUCAUGUAGUUGAUUUGGACCACACCAUUGACAACUUCCACGAACUUAUACCUAAUAUGGCCCGAACGUGGCCGUUUGAAUUGGACACUUUCCAGAAGGAAGCCGUGUACCACUUAGAAAAAGGCGACUCCGUAUUUGUAGCAGCACAUACCUCUGCUGGUAAGACGGUUGUAGCUGAGUAUGCCAUAGCUAUGGCCAGCCGUAAUUUGACGAGGACCAUAUAUACAUCGCCUAUCAAGGCACUUUCCAAUCAGAAGUUCCGAGACUUUAAGGAAACGUUUAAAGAUACAGACGUAGGCUUGAUUACUGGAGAUGUACAGAUCAACCCGGGAGCCAACUGUUUGAUCAUGACAACAGAAGUCUUACGGUCGAUGUUGUACCGAGGUGCCGAUAUCAUUCGAGACGUGGAGUUUGUUAUUUUCGAUGAGGUCCAUUACGUCAACGAUAUCGAUCGUGGUGUGGUAUGGGAAGAAGUCAUCAUCAUGUUGCCAGACCACAUCAAGUAUAUCCUAUUGUCUGCUACGGUUCCCAAUACGUUUGAAUUUGCCAAUUGGGUUGGGCGAACCAAAGAGAAGGAUAUAUAUGUCAUUUCAACGCCAAAGAGACCUGUUCCCUUGGAGAUCUUCAUUUCGGCCAAAGACAAUAUGUUCAAAGUUGUGGAUUCUCACAGAGUAUUUAGUGAAGAUGAGUUCAAGAAACAUAAAGAGCACCUUGAAAACAGCAAGAAAAAGCCGGGACUACCUAAAGCUUCUAUGGGAUCUGGUACACGUGGAGGUCCAGGUGGGUCUGCCAGAGGUGGAAAUCGAGGAGGAAGAGGUGGACAAUCAGCUAAUAGAGGCAGAGGUAACCUUGUCACGCGAGCAGGGGGCAGGUUCUUUGCCCAGGAUGGCCCCAAUAAGGGUACCUGGCUCAAUCUUGUACAAUAUCUCAAGAAGUCCAAUUUGUUGCCUUGCGUGGCUUUCGUAUUCUCCAAGAAGAAAUGCGAAGAAUACGCUGAUAGUUUGACUAGCGUUGACUUAUGUACAGCCAGAGAGAAAUCGGAAAUCCACAUGUUCAUAGACAAGUCUCUAUUUCGUUUGAAAAAGGAAGAUCGGGAGUUACCGCAGAUUCUUAAGAUCAGAGAAAUGUUGAGCCGAGGAAUUGCUGUCCAUCACGGAGGAUUACUUCCUAUAGUCAAGGAAUGCAUUGAAAUUCUUUUUGCGAAGACUUUGGUCAAGGUUUUGUUUGCAACAGAGACAUUUGCCAUGGGUUUGAACUUGCCUACUAGAACAGUUGUAUUUAGUUCGCUCCGUAAGAACGAUGGUAGAAGCUUCAGAAACUUAUUGCCAGGAGAAUUCACUCAAAUGUCAGGUAGAGCAGGUAGAAGAGGGAUAGAUGCCACCGGUACAGUUAUAGUCAUGGCCUACAACGAUCCACUCUCACCUGUAGACUUCAAGGAGAUUACAUUGGGUACACCAACGAAGUUGCAAUCGCAGUUCAGAUUGACAUAUAAUAUGAUCUUGAAUCUACUCAGAAUAGAGGCCUUGCCAGUUGAGGAAAUGAUUAAACAUUCGUUUAGCGAAAACUCAACCCAGGUUCUCCUCCCUGAAAACCAGAAAAAAGUAGAUAAGUUGUUACUCCAACUGCAUUCGUUGAAGUUGACCCCGUGCGAAGAGUGUGACCUCGAAGGAAUCCAAGAAACCUACGACUUGAUGAAGUCAUAUGAAGUGUUGUAUGGCCAAUUAACUGCACUCAUCCAUGAAGUGAGUGCGUCUAAACUUCAGAUCUUGAAGUCUGGUAGACUAGUUUUCUUCAGAGACAACAACAAAGUUGUGAGAAUGGGAGCGAUCGUCAAAUCAGACAAUUCUACCGACUCCGUCUCAAUUAUCACGUUUGAUCACGGGAAGCCAUUUGAAGAAGAUAGUGCCAUGUUCAAGCUUCCUUUUGUUCCAAUUUAUGAGUAUAGAUUGAUGAACUUUAAGAAGAUUAUUUUCAACGGCAACUUGCGAGUCGAAUCGGUGCCAUAUGAGAGCAUCUGUUUUAUUUGUGGGUAUGCCAUAAUGGCGAACAUCUUCCAGGUGUUGCAGAACGAAGAAAAAGCAGUCAGCGAGUUCAAAGAGCAGAUCAAUUCUAUUCUUGAAUUCCAAAAUGAAAUAGAAGAGGUUUCGUUCGGAUUGAUGAACAAACUUUCGUUGUAUGAAAGUUUAGCAGGGAAGAGAAAUAUUUAUGAGCAGUUGUGUAAGACUACAUCAUGGGAAUGUUCCAAUUUCAAGAGCCAUUAUGUGGAGAUUCACGAAAAGAACAAAUUGGAGGUUGAGAUUGCAUCUUUGCAAAGUAUGAUCUCGGACGAGAACUUGGAAUUGCUUCCUGACUACGCCCAACGUUUGCAGGUUUUGGAAACAAUGGGUUUCAUAGAUGAACAGCAAAAUGUGGUAUUGAAGGGCAGAGUCGCCUGUGAAAUCAACUCUGGUUGGGAACUUGUAGUCACAGAAUUGGUUUUGGAUAACUUCCUUGGAGAUUUCGAACCAGAAGAGAUUGUUGCAUUGCUUUCGUGUUUCGUCUAUGAAGGUCGUACUAAUGAAGAGGAGCCACCAUUGAUAAACGGACGAUUAGAAAGAGGCAAAACAAGAAUUUUGGAACUAACCGAGAAGUUGUUAGAUGUGUACGGAGAACAUCAAGUGUCUUUGACUUCUGAAGAAGAAGAAUUCUUGGAUAGAAAGAGAUUUGCCUUGACCAAUGUGGUGUUUGAGUGGGCAAGAGGUCUUUCAUUCAACGAGGUCAUGCAAAUCAGCCCAGAAGCAGAAGGUACCAUUGUUAGAGUCAUCACCAGAUUGGAUGAAGUCUGUCGUGAAGUCAGGAAUGCUGCUUUAAUAGUUGGUGAUUCAACAUUGUCCCAAAAGAUGAGCGUCGCCCAAGAGAAGAUAAAGAGAGAUAUUGUCUUCUGUGCGUCGUUGUACUUGUAGAUAUUCUACAUUAAAUUGUAAUAUAUAAUAUUACCUCAGCCUUAUACUUUCAAAGCGAGAGUCAUCUUUAUAACUAUUUUUAUACAUCAAUACUGUAAAUUAGCUAUAUACAUGGAAAAGUACAAAUGCAAUGAUAAUCGUGCUACAGCCGAGUCAACGCUUCUGAUGUUAAGUUUAUGAUCCCCAAUCCCCCAUGGAUUACCUUCUUGAGAAGGAACAGUUCCCGUACCUUUUGUCUGUCGAACUUGAUGGUAAGUAGCCCAAUCAUGGUGUAUAAGCUACCGAUGCUAGUUCUGUCUAAGAUGCCGGCUUUGACUUGUGCAUACGUUGUUUCGUCAGCAAUACGACCGAACUUCAUCGCCCCACGAUAAGGCAAUAUGCAAUUAUAGAGCAAGUUUCUCUUCAUGAACUCUGGAAUUACUCCUUGUUCGUUAUUGAAAAAAUCCAAACUAUCGAAGAUAUCCUUGGUAGACGAAGAAAGGUAGCGCUCAUUCAUAAAAACUGUCUCCACGUCCAACAACAUCUUUAAUGCGUGCUUUCCUAUUGCCCUGAUUCUGUCUGUCUCUAUUAGAACUCUAUCAGUGGGGAACGUGAUUCUCCGUUCAUCUACAGCUUGUAGUCGUAUAUCCAAAUGAAAUGUCGAAAGUCCGCACAAAAUACCAAUUUUCUCCUCCAACAGAAGUGGAAACUGAGUCCCUACAAAUCUCUGAAUUAUAUCCGUCCUUGGAGAUAUUCUGGCUUCAAAGUCUUGCUCAUUGUGCAAAUGGCUCAAGACUGUAUUGUUGCCCAACCCACAUCUGUGGAAGAAAUCAGACUCAAAAUCGAUUGCUGAGCGAUCGUAGAAUGAAGGCUUAAUUCCAUCGUAUGUGAUUCGUUUGGCUGAGUUCAUCUUUGAGUUGAGAAGAUACAAAUCUUCACUCAGAAUCAUAUCUGCUGAGUGCAGACGUCUCCUCGAAGUACUGUAGAAUCGCAGUUGAGGUAGUUUAGCAAUAGGAGGAGACACCUUCUCGAGCGCUCGAAAUAGAUAGCGCCUGUAAAGCAUGAUGUGAAAUAGUCCAGCAAGGAAACCAACAAGUUCCAGCCCUGUUCUGUCUU